UCCUGGUCUAAUUCCUUCCUCUUGUUCACUGGUUGUCUUAACCCUACUAAAACAAGAUGCUCUUCAGGGUCCUGGUGAUCACUGUCUUCUGUUCUCUGACUGUGGCUUUCCCCAGUUCAGAAUUAGAUUCACUCAAUAAAAAAAUACAGGAUUCAAUCAUCAACCUACUAAACUCGUUCCUUAAGCAACUUGAAUCACAAGCUUCCACAGAGGACUACACAGGUCAUGAUUUAAGCACUGACUCUGAGCGGACCAUGGACUUCAUGACAACCACAUAUUCGAAUCUUAGAAACAAACGGAAUUCUGAGUUCUCUACUGAUACUGAGAUAGUCUCCUCUGGCUUUAUGGAAGAAUUCGCUGAGAACACAGGAAGCACAGUGAACGUUCCAUUAGCUGGGACAACUAAUACAGACUCCCCUUCUUCCUGAGAAGACUCCAACUCUGAAAAAAGCCUGCGACUGCCAUUCAGGAUAUUGCGUCUUUGUAGAAAAUGAUAUAAGUCUAAGAUGCUCCCAACAAAGAAGAAAAAACAAGGAAAUGAUCCUGGAUGAGAAAUGCUGUGCCAGGCAUUUCUGAGCUCUACCCUUACCCUGUGUGGGCUUAAGAAAUAAAUGUUCAUUUGAAUUGCA